CAGGUCGAGUUAGCUACAGUUGCAAAGAUGUGUAGACAAAUCAGCCAACUUUCGUUACAAGAACUUGUACUACACUUACAGUUAGGAUAUACUGGUAUGAUUAAUCAUUAUCAGCCAAAACGAAGAUAAUUUAGGAUCAGAAAUUGGUAAACAUCUAUGUCAUAUGAAAUUCCGAGCUGGUUUGAAAGGACGGAUCAUGUAUUGGGAAGUCAUUGGACUUGUUUCCUGAUAUGAGGAGUUGAAAGAAUGAUAUGCCAUUUUUAACAUUCUAGAUGAUUCUAAAAGCAGUUAGCGAAACUCAUUAUGUCCUGACGCCCUUAAUGCAAAAGUGCAGAACUCUCAACCAUCUAAAAGAGAUCCAUUGCCAACUCCUCAAACUCUACCUCCCUGAAACCCCAUCAGCCAUUGCUCCCCUUCUUUCAUUUGCUGUGAAUUCUAGGAUUCCAUCUUUCUUCAACUAUUCGCGUAUUGUGUUUCAAAAUCUUGGCUACCAAAGUACGUUUUUGUGCAAUACCAUGAUCAGAGGAUACAUGCAAUCAGAAAUGCCAAUACCAGCAAUUAUAUGCUACAAAGACAUGCUGAGGGAUAAGCUUAUUGUGAAUAAUUAUACCAUUCCACCAUUGAUGAAGGCUUGUUCAAUGGUUUUAAAUGAGUUUGGGCAACUUGGGUUUUCAGUGCAUGCCCAUUCACUGAAGUUGGGAUUACAAAAUGACCGGUUUAUUGUUGCAGCAUUGCUUGAAUUUUAUUCCCUAAAUCUCAAGAUGGACAGAGCACGUAUGUUGUUUGAUGAAAUUCCCGACAGGGAUGUGGUUUUGUUUACUACCAUGAUUGAUGGAUAUGGGAAAAUAGGGGAGGUGGGAAAAGCCAGAUUCUUGUUUGAAGAAAUGCCGGAGAGAAAUGUGAUUUCUUGGAGUGCAAUGAUGGCAGCAUAUUCACGGGCAAGUGAUUUUAAGGAGGUUCUUUGCUUGUAUCGGAGGAUGGAUGAAGACGCUCUUAAGCCCAAUGAGUCUGUUCUUGUUAGUGUCCUCACGGCUUGUGCUCAUCUAGGUGCCUUAGCACAAGGUUUUUGGGUACAUUCAUUGGCUAAGCAUUAUAAUUAUGAGUCGAACCCAAUAUUGGCUACUGCAUUGGUUGACAUGUACUCUAAAUGUGGGAGAAUGAAGUUGGCUUCAUCAGUCUUUGAAGAGAUGACUUAUAAGGAUACUGGAGCAUGGAAUGCCAUCAUAUCAGGCUUUGCAAUGAACGGAGAUGCAAUGAAAUCCGUUCAAUUGUUCUAUAGGAUGUUAGCAAGUGGGAAUCAACCAAAUGAAACUACAUUUGUUGCUGUGCUCUCUGCUUGCACUCAUGCAAAUAUGGUUGACAAAGGUCUUUCACUGUUUGAAAGAAUGGGCAGUGUUUAUGGGGUUGACCCCAGGUUUGAGCAUCGUGCAUGUGUGGUAGACCUGUUAGCAAGAGCUGGUAAGCUCGAGGAUGCUGAGAAGUUCAUUGAUGAGAACAUGGGAGGGCUAGAGAAAGGGGAUGCUAACGUGUGGGGAGCUUUACUUGGUGCUUGUAGGGUCUACGGUGAUCUUAAAGUAGGUGAUAGAAUAUGGAGAAAGUUGUCUAACAUGAAGGUAGCUGACUAUGGUACUUACAUACUUGCAUACAACAUGUACAAGGAAGCUGGUUGGGAAAUUGAAGCCAACUGUGUUAGGAAAUUGAUUGAGCAGAUGAGAAUAAAGAAGCAGCCUGGAUGUAGUGUCAUAGAGGUAAAUGGUGUGGUUAAAGAAUUCCUCGCGAGUGAUCCUUUACAUCCCAAGUCACGACUAGUCCGCAACGUGCUUGAGUGCUUACCUAAUGUAAUGCAUCUUAUUGAUUGAACAUGAUUUCGUAUGGUCAGAUUAUAAACAAAAGUAUUGGUUUCUGUUCGUUUUUAUGUAUUCUGAAGCGAAAAUUGCUCCAUGUUAUGUAAAAUGUCCAGUGGAUAUUGGUAAUGAGAUCAAGAAUGGUUCUUAUGCAGAGCUAUUUGGUUCCCAAGAUUGCUCCAACUCUACGAAUUAAGGGGUCGUUUGGUGGCUGAUUUGGAGGUGAGAUCAAUAUAGACAGUCCUUCAGAGUAUUUGACAGGCUUAAGUGGGACAUAUGGACUCUAUGGUCCCUAUCUUAUAAUAAAAUCCAUCAAGGUUCACACUAACCUUAGCCAUCAUGGCCCUAUGGGUUCAGUAAUUGAUACUGAUACCAACUUCUCAUUUAUUAUGCAAGGUGGGGUUGUUGUUGGAUUUCAUGGAUUUUCAGGCUUAUUUCUUGAUGCCAUUGGUUUGUAUGUUAUGCCAACAAGCGUAAAUUUACCUUCUUAGUAGGCACACCAUCUCAUUAAUUCGAGCUAGCUUAUGUAGAUAAGCUUUUA